CUGCGUUCGGUGAAUAGACUGAAUAUAAAAGAUGGACGCAGCUUCUGGCUCCAAAAUAAUGAAUUCCUCCAUUUCAGAGAUUAGUACUCGGAGAGUAACCAUGCAGAGACAAUUAACAACAUCAGUGACCAACAUCCAAACUGCUGCUGAUGUCAGAGAGUCAAUUCGAAGGAAGCAGCUGCAGGAAGCUCGCAAAAAAAGACUGGAGUGGCUGGAAAAUGAUGUGAGGUCCAGUCAGGAAAAAUUUGAGGAAAUUAUCAGAGGGUUAUCGGCAGCAAAGGAGAAGGUGAUCCCUCAGGAGGUACAGGAAGCUCUGGACAGCCAGCAGGAGCUGUGUACUCUUAUAUUAAACAACAAGGAUAAACUCAUAAAUGACCUGCAACAGGAGCUGAAAUCAUCAGACGAUCGCUAUGUGAAGGAUUUGAGGAGACAGGCAGAGGAGUUGAACCUGAUGAUGGAGAGGAUGGAGGACCAGAUCAAGACCCUGACCAAAGCCUACAGGGAGGAGAUGGCCGAGCUUGAGAGAUUUUGUCUGCAGGAAAGUGAAGUUUUAGUCACAAGAGACAUGGCUGAGUGGGAACAACACAUGAAGGAACUCUGGGACAGACAGCUUGAGAGUUUGGAGCAGAGGAAAGAGAAAGUGGUGGAGUAUGAAGCUAAAAUUCACAGUCUGAUGUUGGAGAAUAAGGACAAGCUGAGCACCAUCAAGACAGAGCAGGAUGCUAAUUCUCAGGCUUUGGAGAGACAGAAUCAGAAGAUACAGGCCACCACCACAUUCAUGAGGCUCAAACAAAUAAAGGAAAAGCAUGAUGCAGAAGAAUACAAGUUCAACCUGAACCAAAUGUAUAAAAGGGUCAACGGUCUGCAGGUAGAGAUGAAAAGUCUCGUCACCAAGCACUCCAAUCAGGCGAGAUACUUAAGAGACACGAGCCAUCAUUUGAACAAAGACUACAAUCGCAUCCUCCAGCAGCAUGAACGAGUUCAGAGGAAAAUCAAACACUUUGCAGUCGCUGAUGGCAGGAAAUUUGAGGAGAUGUGGCGCAUGGUUGAAGAAGAGUUGAGGCAACUAGUGGAGAGGGCUUUGACCAUUGACUCAGAGAUCUGUGAGCGGUAUCUCGGUUUAGCCUGGGAACGACCUGUGAUGCCCUUCAAAGAGCUCUCUGGCCCCAUCCUGUCUGAAAAACAAACCAGCACAGACCCGCACGCCCAGCUGUUUCAAACUGAGCAGGCAUUACAGUGCAGCCAGGGGACGAUGGACUCAUCAGACAGGGCGAGGUCGGAGGCUGAGAGCCCAGUCAUGGACCAGGAAGUGAGUGAUGAAGGGUUGGAUGAAGAGACGCUGACCAAAGUGAUCGAGCUGCUGUGUAAUGAAACGGGUCUCAUUGAGGACAAUAUUCUGAUGCUGCUCGCUCCGCUGGAGGAGGAGGAACAGACGGCUAUGAAGCUGGGCUCCCUCCUUUAUACCUUGGGCCUCGCUGACCAGGAUUUGCCCAAGUUGGCUCAUUUCCUCUUAAAGUACAGACAAGAGCAGAGCGAGGAUGUUUCUGGUGAGUUGAGAGAAUCCAGUGACCAGGUGGCGGCGCCAAUCAUCCUUCCUGACCAAGUCCUGCCUGCUCUUAAAAGUUUCAUCCAGCAGAACAUGAGGUCCAGGGAGAGCUCAGGCCACUCACAGUCCAGUGUUCUGCAAAUAGAACCAAGGGACAGUUCAGCAGACAAAGCUUACUGGGAAAGUUUGAGCAACAUCAUCCCUGAGGACAAAGUCAGACUAUGGGAGGAGGCAGAAAAUAUGCUACAGCAACACCUUGCCGUCCUCAUGGAGAUUUCUGAACUUGACACUGAGAAUGAGAGUCUGAUGCAGGAGAACACAGAGCUGCGGAUACUUCUGCAACAAUCUCUCAAGCCAUGAGUUUGUGUGUUUAUGUGUUUUUCAGAUAUUCACUGAGGGUACAUUUUCAGAACCUUCCCAAUUAACUGCUUAUAUAGGCUGCCUAAUAAGGUGGGUGUGUUUAAUAGAUGAUUGUGGUAGGUCACAUGAUGUGUGUCACAUGAUUGGAGCAGCACAGCUCGAGUUGGCUGCCUGAACUACCUUGCAGGGUUCGCUCCAUUAGUUGAUCAAGUGCAGAGUCAUCAGGAGUUUCUGUAUUUGUGAAACGACUACCUUCAAAAUGAAGAAAAAAAAAAUUAAUUAUUGAAUUUUUACUAACAGAAAAAAUUUAAUAGAUUAAAUACAAAACCUGAAAGAAGUUGAAGCAUCAAAUGAGAACAAAUUAAUAAGAGCAAACAUGUUGUACGAGGUGAAAGCAACAGAACUGUCAUUUGAAGAGUAAAAUAUGAACUUUAUCUCAAACACGUUUUCCUUGGAAUCCAGUUUAUUUCAAAUUGUCAAAACAGACAAAAAAUAAAUAACGCACACCUUUGAACCACUAUAUCAUACAAUACACAAAAUUCAUCGUAAAAACAGGCAAGUUUAGUGCAACCGAUAAUUCUGUAAUCAGUGGAACACAGAAUCACAAACAAAGACUGCAACACAAAUGAGGUCAAGCACAGGCAAAGUUUUUUUAAAUGGGAUAACAAUGUCUUCUCAUGUGUAGACUGGGCCAGAGUUUCCAGAGUCAACGCUGAGCCACUUUCCCACUCAAGUGCACUUUGAUCAUAUUUCCAUCUUUACUUUAUCUGAAGUUUUUACACAGUAGAGUUGGUGAUUUGGUUUGUAUCAGGCUGGAGUGACGAGCCAUGGCAAUACACAUGACCUCGGUUAUCAUUAUGAUGCAUGCACGUUGACAAACAGUGUAGUUCUACAUUUAGUAUUUGUUGCAUUCAUUAUUUUUGAUAAUGAUUUGACUAUUGAUUUUAUUUGUUGUAUUGUCCAGUGAGGAUUUUAUUACAAAGCACAGGGAAUUCUCAGAGAAUAGGCUGACUUGUGCUUGUAUAGUUCACGUUAAAUAAAUGGAAUUUAAAUUUUUUUUCUUCAAAUUAUUUGCAGAAGCUGUUGGACCAAACUUUGCUAAAUUGCAAACAAUUCAAUAAAAAUGAACAGUUUAUCUAAACCACGUAGAAAGCUUACUCAUCGUUUCCUUAUUAGUUUUUCAUUUUGAAGUCAUCUUGUUCCGUGUCUCAUUGAAUUUCAUUAGGAAAAUAGACAUCUUUAUUGUUUGUUUCUUCAUUAUUAUUUUUGAAGUGUGCAAAGACUGCAAGAGCUAUAAAAAAAACAGCAACACUUUUGUUUCAGCAGCCACAUUUAGCAUUUAUAAGUUCAAUCUAAACAUUAUUAGUUUCUAACAGUACAAUUUAGAUUCAAGUAUUUGAGGGCAAACAAGAGUGGAUGUCGGCAACGUAAUAAAACAGAUAAAAUAUGUCUUUACAAGAGACUUAUUAUGUAAUUUUUUUUUUUACUCAAAAUGUCCCAAUAUGUGCUCAAAACUACAUUAUAAUGUGUAAACUGUUUAUUAAAUGUUUAUAUAGUUCUCAUAAAAACUAAAUACGAGUACUCAAAGCAAAGUGUUGACAGUAAAUACUUGUUCCCUACUAACCUAUAUCAAUAGCCGAAACUGUAGCGGUAAUGGGAGAUGUUACAACAUCACUUGUAAUGUACGUCCAUGCAUUUGCCUGACCACGAAUCCAACACUCGGAUUUAGUUGAAUAAAUAAAUAAAUAAGUAAAUGAAUUAAUUAAAAGCUGUAUAGACGGAAAAAGAAACAUUCAUUGUCAGGUGACGUUGAAAAUAGGAAGUUUCGGGUCAGAUCAGGGGUUAAUUUGUGUCAUGUGACUGCGGCGUGGUCAGUUCAAAGAUGGAGUCGAGAUGCUGAGAGUUUAGUUGUGCUGAAGAGAGGAUGCGGGUGUUAGCGCUUCUCUGACUUCCAGGAGGGGGCGUAGUCUUAGGUGGCGAGCUGUACAGGAAGAUCUGAACGGAUCAAAGUGGAGAAAUAAUAGACCGGAUGGACAAAGUGCCUAUUUUUCUGAGACAAAGAGAGACAGAGAUUUCCACCCCCCCAUUCCUCAACCCAUCCGGCCCACCACCCGCCUUGCCUGUCCUCCCAGCAGCCCUCUCAGGCCCCCAGCAGCUUCUUGACAAGGUAGCCCGGCAUGCUGUAGAGGAAGAGGCCCAGCAUGAUGAGCAGCAGCAGGGCCAGCACGAUCUUGAUGAUCAGCCACUUGUAGCGGUUGCACACCAGGUAGCGGAUGGCUUUCAACGGGCUCAGGAACCACAGGAAGGUGGUGUCUGGGCGGCUGGAGGGAAAGGGUGUGUGGAGGUUAAAGAGGAGGAGAGUGGCCAAUGUGGUGCAGGCGUGGUGCGGGUGGAUGUAGGACAGGGAGAGAGGAAUGGGACCAAAGAGAGAGAGGGGAAGAGAAAGCUCACAUUAGUGGUUGGCGCGCCAUGUUGCAUUUUCAGAGUUUCAGUUUUAAACACAGCAUGCUCACGUUCCCGA